AUGCCAAACCCCGACCGCCCCGGGGCUCAGGACGAGCCCAACCGACUGGACGUUCUCGCAGAGAUUGCCAGCCAGCAGAAGCGCCUCCCUGUCCCAAAGAAGGACUACGAUAAUUUGGCCCUUCUGACCAAAGCCGCAAGCAAGGCGCUCGAUCAAGACAAGUCCGACAAGGUCGCCAACAAGAAGGCCAGCAAAAGUGUCCACGGCAUCAAAUCCGACACCGGCAGUACCGAGACCGUCUUUCCUGAUCUCCCCGACGACGACGAUGCUACCAUCGUGGAAUUCCCGCUGGAGUAUCAUCAUCGGCAGCGGCAUCACCGGGGCUGCGGUAGCAUGGGGGCUGCUGCAGGCCCGAACUCGGGUAGCAUCUCAUGCUCGAGGCGCGACAAGCUUGUUCUGGCGCGACGGGACGGAACGAUCGCCCGCCUCGAGCUGCGCAACAUCCGCGCCGUACACGCCUUUGCGCGGGACCACGCCAUAGACUGCGAUUUGCGCCCGUGUGACACGCUGGAUGUGGUGUAUGAUGCGGGGGAGUGGGCGGCGGCGCGGGAGGGGGUGCGGGGGUUGAGGGAGGCGUUUUCGGGGAGGACGAUGACUGCUGCUGGGGAGGGGGAUGUUGGUGGGGGGGAAGAGGAGGACGGGGACAGAGGGGGGGGAGGUGAUGGGGAGGACGGCGGGGAAGGGCGGUAUACGCUAUACUCGCGCGAGGAGGUCCUGGCCCGGUUUCCCGUGCAUGAUGGUGUGUUUGGGGGGCGGGAGGAGCGGGUGCAGGGCGGCGUGGGAUACUUUGCCGGGUCGCUGUCGGCGUACAAGUUUGGGAUCGGGGUUCUGAGAGCGUGCGUUGAUCGGGGGUUGAAUCUGCAGACGGGCACGCCGGUGACGAUGCUAGUUGCUGCUUCUUCGUCGGCUACGGAUGAGAAAGGGAGGUGGGACGUGAACACGCAGCGGGGAGUGGUCAGGGCCGGGCGGGUGGUGCUCGCCACGAACGGGUACACGGCCGGCGUGUGGCCGCGGUUCCAGGGGGCAGUUGUCCCGCUGCGUGGACAGGUCACGGCGCAUAGGCCCGGGCAGGCAAUGCCGGCGGGCGGGUGUCUGGACAGGACGUACAGUUUCAUCUAUGAGAGGGGCUAUGAGUACAUGGUUUCGCAACCGGAGGGAUCGAGGUUUCCGGGGGAUAUCAUCAUGGGAGGUGGGCUGGCCCGGGCACAGGAGGAAGGGCUGAUGGAGUUUGGGAGGACGGAUGAUGGCGCGGUGAACGAGGAAAUCAGCGGCUACCUGAGAGACACGACGGGGCGGUAUUUUGGACCCGACUGGGGCGAGGAUCACCCAGAGGGACGGACAAGGAGCGAGUGGACUGGCAUCAUGGGAUUUAGCCCGGAUGGAUUCCCGUUUGUUGGGGAAGUGCCUGGUGAGAGCGGGCUGUGGGCCAGUUGCGGCUUUCAGGGGCACGGCAUGGUCUUGUGCUGGGAGUGCGCCAGAGCCUUGGUGGAGAUGAUGGAGGGCCGGGAUGGCGAGGAGCUAAGGGAGUGGUUCCCUGACAUCUUUCGAAUUACCGAACAGAGAAUGGCCCAGAGGUUUCGGGGACGCUUGGACGCCAUUCCGAAGACUGAGAAGAAGCAACUAAGGUAA